UGGGGUCGUCCUUAUGCUUUUCAUAGCAGGCUUCUGUUUCCUAACUAAAAGGGCGAAGAAGAAAUAUAAUUCUGUAGAAGAAGAUCUAGACAAUGUUGGGGAUGACAUCUUAAAAGUGCAGUCCUUGCAAUAUUUUGGUACAAUUGAAGCUGCCACAAACAACUUCUCAAACGAUAACAAAAUUGGUGAAGGUGGAUUUGGUCUAGUCUACAAGGGUUUACUUUCAGAUGGCCAAGAGGUAGCUGUGAAGAGGCUAUCUCGAACCUCAAGGUAAGGUGCACAAGAAUUCAAGAAUGAGGUGGUAUUGGUUGCCAAGCUCCAGCAUAGAAACCUUGUGAGGCUACUUGGAUUUUGCUUGGGAGGAGAAGAAAAGAUACUCAUUUAUGAGUUUGUGCUCAACAAGAUCCUCAAUUACUUGUUAUUCG